GACGAAAAUCAAAUCAAAAGAUCGACAACAUUCGACGAGUGCAGAUCACCAGCUAAAGAAAACCAGCUGAGACGUUAAAAAAGUCCGCAGAUUUUCACGUAACGCCUUAAAGAUUUUCCGUGCGGUUCCCGAAACAUCUAAACAUUAUUAAUAAACAAUAAAGAAAUUUGUAGUGUCAGUGACUCUUGAACGCACAACAAAAAAAACCCCAAACACACAACCAAACGUGACUGUAUAAUCAGCCAAGAAACCCAACAACUGGUGGUGAUAAUAAAAGAACUUACAACAACAGCGGCGAGAACCAGUAUAAAGUUCAAUAUCGCGCUGAUUCAAAUUAAACAAAGGAGAAUCGACAGCAGCAGCAUCAGCGGCAGCAACAAAAAGCCAGCUCGGUUUUGUCAUUCAAGUAUUUUUGGUCAAUACACGGCAUUCGAAAUGGCAGCCUACUUGGAUCCCACUGGCCAGUACUAAAGAAGCUAUACGAAGUCAGCUGAACAUCGUAGUCGUACACCUCUUUAGCAAGCCCAAUAAAUCACAGAUCUUCGCCAUGGCCGCCUAUCUGGAUCCCACUGGUCAGUACUGAAGAAGGAGCAAGCCAGAAGAAGCAGCUGUAUUUUGAGUUUCAAGCCGAAAGUGAUCGUAAACAGUCUCAAAAUGUCGCACGAUUUGGACCCCACUGGCACCUACUAAGGUUCUGCCACUCAGCCAAGCAUACAAGUACAAGGCUACUGCCAGGAGAAAUACUAUCUCUACUUCAAGAGUCCCAAAAAUACAAUCCUACAACAUGCUGGAUCCCACUGGAACCUACCGGCGACCCCGCGACGCGCAGGACUCCCGCCAAAAGAGGCGACAGGACUGCCUGGAUCCAACCGGGCAGUACUAGACACUGACACCCCGACUUCAGAGCCCCAUAAAGCCCGUGCCUUAUCCAAAAACUCUGGGCAUGAUUGGGGGAGCGCGCUGGUUGCGCGUUCGUGGCCGCGAGGAGACUUCCAGCUGCCGGCGGAGGAGAAAGCUGGCGAUUGGGGCUUCCCAUGAGAGGAGCCCUGCGAUGCAGACUUUUGUAUUUAUGUAGUUUUUGCGUAGCCUACCCAUACCUAUUAUAUUAAUUAUUUAUUAUUAUCAUACUAUUUAAAUUAAAUACUGUUCAUUGCUGUUCACAAAACACCGAAACGCACACAUUAAUAUCCUAUAUUCUAUAUUGUAUCACACAUACACCAUAUAUGUUAUAUAUAUAUAUACUAUACACUUGUAAUUGCUUCUUCAAAUUGGAAAAGAUUACGCAAAGAGUAUUACGUUUAGUGUCAUAUUUCCCGAGCAAAUCUUCGUUUGUUUAAAUUAUCAUUUAUUUAUUGCCAACGAUUUGUAAUGUUCUUUUUUUCUCUCUCGUCGAGAGCAAGGAAAUUCAUUCGGAGCGAGAAAUUUUGUUUAGAUCUUAAGCGUUUUAAGCUAUUUAUAUGUCUACACCUUCGACCGACAUCCAGAGACCCCAAACACACACCUCUCACACCCAUUUAAAUAUAAUAUUAAAAGAAAACCAUAUUUAAAACUGAA